UCCAUAUGAGUGAACCAAGUGCACGUGCAGACCGCAGUGCAUAAACUGACAAUGGUGUCUCACAAUACACCAAAAAUAAUAACAGCCCACUAUAUGAAUGCCCUCAUUCAUUCUAGAAAUAUGACGCUGUAGCCUACUGUUAAACUAUCCCCAGUUAGCGUUUCUUGGGCACUAUAAUAGACAGAAUUAAAUUCACACUGUAAGCACGUUCAAAUGUGUGUCUUAACCUCUGCAAACGAGAUAAAUCAAUAUUUACGUUUUAUCAAUUGGGUGAUCAUGUGAAAUGAGCAUGAUGGGGCGUCACACCGGGAUCUGACCAAUAGCGGCUUCUGUUUUGCGGUUGCUGAUUGGCUUGUAAAUAGAGAGUCUGCUGUCCAUCUCCGUCAGCUCCUCGGCAGCCCCUGAAUUACAGACACCACCGACUCUACGCGGAUUUAGUUCCAGAGAAACGCGUUCUCUGCAACCACAACAUCGAUAUCCAAUAGCCAUCUGUGUCGUUCAAAAGAAAAGAUCGUGAUAAAAUAAGAACGGACCGGUUAUAAGCAUAAAAGAGGCGUCUGCGCAUAUCAGCAGCCGUUAGCGGGCUGAGCUAGCCGCAUCGCGCGACGCAUCUCGCCCGCGAGACGUCGGGCUGAAUAACUGUGCGCUUUAUUGUCUUCAUCCACAUCAUUUAAACUGAACGGUACAUCGGAAUCGCAGCGGGUUCGGCGGAGCUGUCCGGCUCUUGCUCGCACUGCAGGCCUGGGUGUGGGUGCGGAGAAUGCUAAAGGAUGAGUCAGAGGGACACCCUGGUUCAUCUGUUUGCUGGAGGCUGUGGUGGCACUGUAGGUGCAAUACUGACAUGUCCUUUGGAGGUGGUGAAGACGAGGCUGCAGUCUUCUUCGGUGACUCUUUACAUCUCUGAGGUUCAGCUCAGCACUGUGAAUGGGGCCAGUGUGGCCCGCAUGUCCCCACCGGGGCCUCUGCACUGUCUCAAGUUAAUACUGGAGAAAGAAGGUCCUCGCUCACUCUUUAGGGGGCUGGGGCCCAACUUGGUGGGAGUGGCUCCAUCCAGAGCCAUUUAUUUUGCUGCCUACUCCACAUCCAAAGAGAAGCUGAACAAUGUUUUUGAUCCUGACUCCACACAGGUGCACAUGCUGUCAGCUGGUUUAGCAGGGUUCACUGCCAUUACAGCAACCAACCCGAUCUGGCUUAUAAAGACUCGAUUGCAGCUCGAUGCCAGGAACCGUGGAGAACGGCGUAUGAGUGCAUUUGAGUGUGUGCGGCGGGUCUAUCAGUCAGAUGGGUUACGGGGAUUCUACAGGGGCAUGUCUGCUUCUUAUGCUGGCAUAUCAGAGACUGUCAUCCACUUUGUCAUCUAUGAAAGCAUUAAACGCAAACUCAUUGAGUCCAAGGCCAACGCUAACAUGGAUGAUGAAGAUGAAUCUGUAAAAGAUGCUUCGGACUUUGUCGGAAUGAUGCUGGCUGCUGCCACAUCCAAGACUUGCGCCACCUCAAUUGCUUAUCCUCACGAGGUUAUUCGUACCAGACUACGUGAGGAGGGCAGCAAGUAUCGUUCGUUCUUCCAAACUCUAAAUAUGGUGUUCCGGGAGGAGGGUUACAGAGCACUGUACCGAGGCCUCACUACUCAUCUGGUCCGACAGAUCCCUAAUACUGCUAUAAUGAUGUGCACCUAUGAGCUGGUGGUCUACCUGCUCAAUGGUUAACAGACGGAGAGAUAACAGGAAAGAGAGGGAGAGAGACGAACAGGGUUGAGAAAGCUAAAGCUAGAUGGAGACCGAGAGAGAAGAUUGUCCCAGGCUUAGACCAAAGGAAGUAGAACAAAUCCUAGAAACGCAUUGUCAACCCAGACCCCCAAAGGG